CUCUGUGAGCAGCUGUUAUUUACAUCCCUGUACACUGAAUUCCUAUGGAUUUAAUAUAGAAAACAGCCUUAAAAACACAUUAAACACGCAGACAUUUACUGCAGUAGUAUGAAUUAGGUUUUGUCAGCGUUUGGAGGCGCGGUAGCGGGACUGAGCUCAGGUAAGGGUUUUAGCCUCAUGAUGUGUGCCUCAGUGAAGUACAGCUCUCGGGGUCCGGCUCUGAUUCCCCGUAUGAAGACUAAGCACCGCAUCUACUACAUCACCUUGUUCUCCGUGGUGCUGCUGGGGCUGAUCGCCACCGGGAUGUUCCAGUUCUGGCCGCACUCCAUCGAGUCCUCCACAGAGUGGACUCUGGACCGGCGAAGUGUUCACGACGCUCCACUCGUCAAACUACCGGUGUCCAGUCCCAUCCCGGAGCGGGGAGACCUCAGCUGCCGCAUGCACACCUGCUUCGACGUGUAUCGCUGUGGCUACAAUCCUAAAAACAGAAUUAAGGUGUAUAUCUACCCCCUCCAGCGGUUUGUGGAUGAGGUCGGGGUGCCUAUCAGCAGUACUGGUCUUUCCCGGGAGUAUAAUGACCUGCUGAGUGCCAUCUCAGACAGUGACUUCUACACUGAUGAUGUCACGCGGGCGUGUCUGUUCGUUCCUUCCAUCGACGUGCUGAACCAGAACUCGCUCCGCAUUCGGGAAACGGCUCAAGCUCUCGCCAUGUUACCCAGGUGGGAUAAAGGGAUGAACCACUUACUGUUCAACAUGUUACCAGGAGGACCUCCAGACUACAACACAGCCUUGGAUGUGCCCAGAGACAGAGCUCUGCUAGCUGGGGGAGGCUUCUCCACAUGGACCUAUAGACAGGGCUAUGAUGUCAGCAUCCCCGUCUACAGCCCACUGUCAGCUGAGGUCGACCUUCCUGAAAAACAGCCCGGACCCCGCCGCUUCUUCAUCCUGUCCUCUCAGACAGCCAUCCACCGAGAGUACCGCAUCCAGCUGGAGAGACUGAAAGAGGAGAACGGAGAGGCGCUGCUGCUGCUGGAUAAGUGCAGUAACCUGUCUCAGGGCGUGGCCUCGGCCCGCAAACGCUGCUACAAGGGCCAGGUGUACGACUACCCACAGAUUUUACAGGAGUCGUCGUUCUGUGUCGUGCUGCGCGGGGCUCGACUCGGUCAGGCCACUCUGAGUGAUGUGCUGCAGGCGGGAUGUGUUCCCGUCAUCAUGGCCGACUCCUACAUCCUGCCCUUCUCUGAGGUGCUGGACUGGAAGAGGGCAUCUGUAGUCAUUCCAGAGGAGAAGCUGCCAGAGAUGUACACGAUUUUAAAAAGUAUUCCUCACAGACAAGUGGAGGAGAUGCAGAGACAGGCUCGCUGGUUCUGGGAUGCGUAUUUCCGCUCCAUGAAGGCGAUUGGUUUGACCACUCUGCAGAUCAUCAACGAUCGAAUUUACCCGUACGCUGCCCGCACCUACGAGCAGUGGAACAAUCCUCCAGUCGUGAAAUGGUCGAGUGUGAACAGUCCUCUGUUCCUCCCGCUGAUUCCUCCUCGCUCUCCGGGCUUCACCGCUGUGGUUCUGACCUACGACCGUGUGGAGAGCCUCUUCAGGGUCAUCACAGAGAUCUCCAAAGUGCCCAGCCUCGCCAAGCUGCUGGUGGUGUGGAACAACCAGAACAAGAGCCCACCUGAAGAGUCUCUCUGGCCGAAGGUAGCUGUGCCGCUGAAGGUGGUUCGCACCAAGGAGAACAAACUCAGCAAUCGCUUCUUCCCCUUCGAUGAGAUCGAGACGGAGGCGGUUUUAGCCAUUGAUGACGACAUUAUCAUGCUGACCUCUGAUGAGCUGCAGUUUGGAUAUGAGGUAUGGCGUGAGUUCCCGGAUCGGUUGGUGGGAUACCCUGGUCGUCUCCACUUGUGGGAUCAUGAAAUGGGGAAGUGGAAGUACGAGUCUGAAUGGACUAAUGAAGUGUCUAUGGUGCUGACUGGAGCCGCAUUCUACCAUAAGUAUUUUAAUCAUCUUUACACAUACAAGAUGCCAGGAGACAUUAAAAAUUGGGUCGAUGCUCACAUGAACUGUGAAGACAUCGCCAUGAACUUCCUUGUGGCCAACAUCACUGGAAAAGCUCCAAUAAAGGUGACUCCUCGUAAGAAGUUCAAGUGCCCAGAAUGCACGGCGAUCGACGGCCUGUCCCUAGACCAGACGCACAUGGUGGAGAGGUCUGAGUGUAUAAACAAAUUCGCCUCGGUGUUCGGCACCAUGCCUCUGAAGGUGGUGGAGCAUCGCGCCGACCCGGUGCUGUAUAAAGACGACUUCCCUGAGAAACUCAAGAGUUUCCCAAACAUCGGCAGUCUAUGACAUCACUGCGCCUCUGUCUUCUCAGCCUUUGUUCUGUAAGCCAGGCUGCAGAUGCUCUCGCUCUCACGGACCUCCACGGUUUCUCUCUCUUUCUCUUUCUCUCUCUCUCUCUCUUUCUCUUUCUUUCUCUCUCUCUACCGUAAAAAGACUCUACGAGUGAAGUUACACUCUUUUUACCGAUGUGACGGACGUGAGAAAGUGUCCUGGUUCAGUCCUUUAUGUUCGUGUUCUUUCUUGAAGAUAAGAUGGACCCGUGUCGAGCUGGACAGAGCAGAGACAAUAAAAGACAAUAAAAAGAAGACGUCACUCUAUGUUUUAAAGAUUGCAUCAGUGCUAUGGACCUUCAUGGACAGCCAAUGACCAGUGGUGACCUUUUCUUUCCAUUGACUCCCAUUGAUUCCCAUUGGACGCAAGUAGCUUAUACCACACUACUGUACUGCAUUGAUACAUAACAGUGCUGUAGACAGACUGAGAAAGUGCCAGUCAUCUUUCGCUGUUGUUAUUAGUGAAUACAUACAUUUAAAUAUAUUAAAAGUUGAAUAAAAUUCAAUGUGUUGACCAUGCAAUAAGUAAUUAUUGUGAGCAAUGUAGCAGAGUUUCACUGUUUCAUAAGGAGUAAGGGGUGGGAAUCACACAGGGCAUCUCACUAUACAAAAUCAACAUCACGAUACUGUUAUUUCGCAAUAUCUGAUAUAUCACAAGACAAUUCUUUACCAUUCUUCAAAGCAUCUGUGUAACUGAAGAGGAUAAAAUACUCCAAAAACUCAAAUACCAGAAAUUAUGGAUUUAUUGGUGUCAGCUUCACAGAAUUUAACAGUCUCAGCCUCAGUUUCAAUAAAAAAUAUCGAUAUUUGACGCUACGUAUCAGUAUCGUACAAUAUAUCGCAAUAUCCAUAUAUCGUCCCACCCCUGUUGAUGAGUGGAGAGUGAUUUCAACAGAUCAUUUCAACAGAUAAAAAGCUGUAAAAGACUGUAAAAUAUUCAGCUGCCAGUCAGUUUGGGUUUUCACUUCUUUGUAGUCUUUUGUGGCUGAUGCCAUUUCAGUAUGUGAAAGUGAUGAGGAUAAGUAAGCCUGUCACAAUAAUUACUUCAACUUAUCAAAUUAUUAUACAGUGCCAGUCAAAAGUGUGGACAUAUCUUAAAUUUCAUUAUUUAAACAUUUCUGCAUGAAAGAAAAAACAUUUGGAGUUAUUU